CACAGACAGAGAUAAAGUGCACAGAGUUUUUGUCGAUAUACGGUGUUUUUUCAACUGUUCUGUCGUCUUACAAGCUGUCAACUUAUCAAACGAGAUAAUGAAGAAGACAACCAACUUCUUUCCCGGAAAGACUAUGGUGUCUUUCAGGAAGGGUCCAUCAGGCCAUCUGCGGCAGGAUCCCUCUGACGAGGCCAUGCGGAUCAAAAAGAACCCUUCUCUUCAGGACAAGUCUCCCCCUCAGAGACAUGACCUGGUGAAGACCAAUGCUGUCACUGCAGUCUUUGAGCGGGGAGGGGAUGUGUCCGACCGACUGGAGGUGAUGGGGGAGUAUGUGCUGCAGUUUGGCAAGUACAAGGGUAAAUUGUUUAGGUGGCUCCUGGAAAACGAUGUUGGCUACACCAUCUACCUGAUGAAAAAGGUAGAGGAGGAGGAGAGAGAUGGGACCUUCAACCCUCAGGGACACAACAAGGACAGCCUGCUGUCAUUUCUGGAAUAUGCCAGGAGCUUCCAGGAAAUUAGGGACCUCAGGGAGUAUCUAGCUUCCAGGCUGCCUGCGCCACCAGUGGCAUCAGAGGGUGACAAUACUGUCGGCUUUGGAGCCAGGGCAAAGGACACCUGGAGGCAGAUCUGGGAGAGCAGGGCAGAUGGAUAUGCUGCCUUCAUCGUAGGAGUAAAGUGCAUCAAAAACAGCAAGAUGUACAACCUGCAGCAGUACAUCCUCAAGCAGCAGAGGGCUGAGUCUGGGGAGUCCUGCCCACCACCUGCAGGAGUCUCCACUACAUCAGCUGCCCCUACACCGCCUACAUCUAGCACUCUAGCGAUGGAGGAAGAUGAGGAGUUGGAGAGGGGGAUGCUGAAUCUGUCUCCCUGUAAAUUUGCCACUGAACUAAGACCAGCAGCAGUCUCCAGAGCCCCGGCUGUGUCUCCACCAACAGCACACAGGACGGAGCCAACAGCUACUGUUUCCAGACCUGCCGAGCCUGAUGACUCCUCUGGGAUUGUUGCUUCUGUGAAAGCCACGACGAAGGCCCCGCUGCCGGUCCCUCCUCAGCUGCUCGCCCUCGCCCCACAGCUUGGGGUAGAAGAACAGGCGCCUAAUGUGUUGAGACAAAAGCCUGGGAUAACAUCAGCUCCAUUUCUUCCUGAAGAGUUACCAUCAGUGGAAGCACAGAGAGACACUGUCCCUGAUGAAGCUCUGCCAAGUCCAGCACCGUCUGUCCCUUUAGAUGUCCCACACCAGCCUGCAGCCUCUGUCCCUGGCUAUGCUCAGGAUGUAGCGCAGUGGAACUGCUCCCACCAGCAGAAAAUUUGGAUGAAGACUGAGCUGGAGGCGUUGGGGCUGUGGCCGGGGUCACGUCCUGUUCGUCAUCCUAUGAACAUGCUGUCCUUGUGGCGUAAUCCACCUCAGCCUGAGCUCAUAGACUCAAUCUCUGAGCUGCCAUCACCUAAAUACUGUCAGCUUCAUCCUUUUUUCAUUUGGAAGCCGGAGCACACAAUCAUGGAGAGGGUAAGGAACAAUUACAUCUUGCCCUGCCUUCAUGAUUGUCCCAACCCUCAGGUAGCUUCUUCUGGCGUUGGAAGGCCAAGAGUUAUCAUUGGCACCAGCGGCCAGUACUAUAUUUUAGCCUCACGGCUCACCUGCAAGGCCUGUAGGAAGUACUGGCAUGCUGACAAGCCCCAGUGGCUGGAGAAACUACCAGAGCGCUUCAGCAACAUUGUUCCGGCUUUCCUAACUCACAAAAGGCCAUCUGCAACUGACGGAGAGGCGCUCCACCUUAAAUAUGAGAGAGCCCACCUGGCCUACCUGCUCAGUGUGCAGAACGUCAGGGAUGCUGAGGCAGGAGUUCCGGCCAGAGAACCAUCACUGGGCUUCUCAGACAGACGACCUCCGGCUCCAUUCGGUGGAUACUCAGAUGCUGACGGCUGGUGUGGAGUGUCUAUUUCUUCUCACUACCUGGUCGACUGCCUGGUCCGUGAGUUUCAACGGCAGGAGCAGCUCCUCACUCUGUUGCUACAGGGGACCUUUGGACAAGUACUCAGUUCAGAUACACACCGCAAAGUGGCUAGGAAGGUGGUGCUGUCAUCCGGCACAAUGUCUUCCUAUGCCAUAAUGAAUGAGAACUGGAUGAUCUUGAGCUGGGUGAUGCUGCAGUCGCGGUGCGAUCGGUCCCUCUAUCCUCUGUAUGAGGGGCUGUCUCGGCGCUACACUGCAGCUGGAGUGAGGAAGGCAAGCUACCAGUGGGUUGACAGGGACUGCUGUGCUGCCUUCAAGGUCCUGGACCCUGGUCAUCAGGAGCACCUGCUGUGGGACUGCUGGAGGACAUCAGAGGCCACCGUGGCGAAGGCGACCUCUGGCAACCUGGCCAACAACAGUGCCUCGAGGAGCAAGUUUAACAAAGACAUUGUCAUCAAGUUAGACUUGUUUCACUGCAUGAGGCGCUUUACCAGGGAGUGUGUGUCUGAACAUCACCCUCUGUUCAGCUCCUUCUGCCAGUUCCUCUCUGCAGCUUUUGUUGUGGUGGACCAGAGGGAUCUACAAAGGCUCACAGAGGCAUACACCUUCUGUGGAAUCUCUCCUGCAAAUCCGACAAAGCAGCACAUAAGAGAGCACUGCAGGACAAAGGUGCCACCGCCCAAGGGAGCUGCUGCAGAGGGAUCCAACGCCGUCAUCCACAUCCUGAGAGGCUGCCUGAGCGACCCUGACGUCGGGGAGGGAAUUCUCUACAGGUAUGGUGGCACCUUGCAGCUCAACUACAACAAGGGUGCAGGAGCCGCUGUACCUGUUUGGAUUCCAGUGAGAGGCACCUCUCAGCAGGAGGGCUUCCACUUUCACCAAGCCCAGUGGGUGACAGGCAACCGGGUGUCCUGUGAACUUUUCCAGGCCCAGGCAAUGACUGGAGUGGUGCGGUGGAACUUCCAGAGGCUGGUGGACCUGAAACAGCCUGGUGUGGAGCUGCCAGCUGUGUUCGACCCCCUGUUAAUUUCAGGACAGAACACAGCCUCUGUCAAGGUGACAGGCCAAGCAAAAUAUCCCAGGCUGCAAAAUACAAACUGGGACACAGGGGAGAGAUUUGGACUGCAGUUUGUGGAGCCAGGUUGUCGUCCUGUUGUGUUGAACUGGGACAAGCACAAGGUACAGCCCAACAUCCCAGCUGCUGUAGCCAUGGAGACAGAGGAUCACUGCCCUGCUGCUGUGGUGGACACAGACUCUCAGGUAAUCCAGACUUAA